AUGAAGAGUCCCUUCCUUUCGCUCGCCGUCCUCACGGCGUUGGUGGCCGGUUGUCUAGGAGCAACCGACUACCACGAACGACUUACUCUCCAACCACUCCCGACCUCCUCGCUCCUCGCCUCAUUCAAUUUCCGCAGUAACUCGUCCAUUUCUGCUUUUGAUAAGCAUCAUUUUCGUUAUUUCCCGCGGUCUUUGGGGCAGAUAUUGCAACAUACAAACACCAAGGAGCUGCAUGUCCGCUUUACAACUGGUCGGUGGGACGAUGAGAGUUGGGGAGCUAGGCCGUCGGACGGAUAUAAGGAGGGCGCGACUGGUGUGGAAUUGUGGGCAUGGAUUCAUUCUGAGUCACAGGAAGAAGCGUUCGGGCAUUGGGUCUCUCUAACGCAAUCCCUCUCCGGCCUUUUUUGCGCUUCUAUGAAUUUCAUCGAUUCUACGCGUACCACAAGCCCGGUCGUCUCUUUUGAACCAUUAGGAGAUCAUUCGACGUCCGAUCAACUACAUUUACUUCAUGGAACCCUACCCGGCGAGGUAGUUUGUACGGAGAAUCUCACCCCAUUUUUAAAGAUGCUUCCAUGUAAAGGAAAGGCGGGUAUAUCCAGUCUAUUUGAUGGGCACAAAUUGUUUGAUGCUUCCUGGCAGAGCAUGUCUAUUGACGUCGGGCCUAUUUGUCCUACAGAAGGGGAAUGUUUGAUUCAAGUCGAGCAGAGCGUUGAGAUGGUCUUGGAUAUUGAUCGGUCCAAGCGUCCUCGUGAUAAUCCUAUCCCACGACCUGUUCCAAACGAAGAACUGGUCUGUGAUCCAUCAAAACCUUACAACACCGAUGAUACUUGCUUUCCUUUGGAGAAGAAAUCCGAGACCGGAUGGACACUUUCCGAGAUUUUUGGUCGUCCCCUCAAGGGACAUUGUCCUUUGACCGAUGAAGUUGGGCCCGGUGCCCAAACGGUAUGCUUGAAAGUGCCAGAUAGUCGGACAGUGCUUGCCACGCCGGGUGCGACAGAGAUGAAAGAUGGCAGCGGGUUUUCUCGAUGCUAUACCUUGUCAUCUUCAACUGAUUUUGACCUUGUGGUGCCGGAAGAGGAAGUCACUAGGCGGGCGCCUCUGCAACAAGGGGUGUUGCAUGCCGAACGAACCAUUAUCGGACACGGACAGGAACGAGGCGGUUUGCGCGUGAUUUUCAGAAACCCAUCAACUGUCGAAAGCGUCGAUUUCAUCUAUUUUGAAUCUCUACCGUGGUUUAUGCGGCCGUAUCUACAUACUCUCCAAGCUACUGUGGUCGGAAAUGACGGUAUCUCACGACAAUUACCCUUUUCAGAAAUUAUCAAGGGAAUCUACUACCGCCCUGCUAUCGAUCGAGAGAAAGGUACCCAGCUCGAACUAGUACUCUCGGUGCCUGCAGACUCGACCGUCACUCUCAUCUACGACAUCGAAAAGGCUAUUCUACGAUACACCGAGUAUCCCCCAGACGCCAACCGCGGAUUCAAUGUGGCACCAGCUGUGAUCAGAAUCCUUGACCAAGCAAACCGCUCCCCGGUCUACCUACGAACAACGGGACUGCUCUUGUCACUCCCAACACCAGAUUUCAGUAUGCCGUAUAACGUCAUUAUUUUAACGAGCACCGUUAUGGCUCUAGGAUUUGGAAGUAUCUUUAACAUUUUGGUGCGCCGUUUUGUGCCUGCCGAUGAGCCAGCUUUGCAGUCCUUGAGCUUGAAGGCUCGGUUGGCUAGCAAACUGGCCACGAUACGUGAUCGCUUCAAAGGUAAAGCCUCAAAGACGAAGAAAACUGAUUGA